AUGGAUAACAGUCAGGAACCUAAAAAAUGUUUUUGUGCAAGAUGUUUUCUACCUAUAAAUUCAGAAGAUAAAGUUGAUGUUGACGGUGUUUGUCGCGCCAUACCAACAUCCUUGAAAAUGUUCUACGGUCACGUGUUCUGUAACGAAUGUUUUAAAAACCACGUGAUGUCACGAUUUAAGGGAGACAGUUCUCGUAUAUCUUCUAACAGCUGGUGGAUGCACUCGACGAUGGGACCUCGGACUUCAGAAAGUGAAAACAAAGGGAGUGAAGACGAUGCGGCCGAAAAAUCAACAGAAAAACCUCCGAAGCGUUUAAUUUGUGCACGUUGUUUGCAAUCUGUGGAUGAAAGUGAUAAAGUUAUCAUCGGCAACGAUAGCUUCCACAGUCAAUGUGCCAAGUGCUAUUUUUGCCAAAAAGUUCCGACAACAAACUUGAAGAUUUACUACGGCCAAGUGUUUUGCGAGGAAUGUUUCCAUCGCAACGUUCUUAAUCGUAACCAAGAUAAUCCAUCGGAGUUCUUUAAGAGCUGCUUUGAACAUUGGCAGAAUAAUACCCAGUUUGCCGAGAACAUGAGAGAUUUCAUGUCUGGGAAUAAGGAGUCGGCACCUUUUAUUUUCAUGAUGCAAGGCCAGCAGCCACCUUUCUGUAGAUGUGGAACAGGACCUCAAGAAUGGUGUCAACCCAAUGAGCCUCGUAAAUCUGCAACCAACUUUACGCCAUCUAUCGAGGCAGACUCUUUGGAAUGUUCUUUUGGAAACGGAAACAAAAUUGAAAAUUCUGUAUCCGUUAACGAAUCAGCAAAUCAAGAUAAUUUGAACAUCGAAGCAGCUGAAAAAAUAGAAAAACUCACGAAAUACAUUCACAAUAGACAUGGAAAAAAAGAGGAUAUUGAUAAUGCCUGGAAAUAUCUAGAUCAAAAUAAAGAGAGCCACUCGUUUGGUGGUUGGAAGGAUUUACAAGAUGAAAAGCUUAGUUCGUCAAAAUGUCCAAAGUGUUUGUGGCAGUGUGGCUCUAUUUACGUUAAUAAUAUUUGA